AUGGCUGACGCAGCGAAAAAUGCUUUGAGCUCAAUUUUCGAUAAGACCAAGGACGUUUUGUCCACGGCAGCUGAUGCAACAAAAGGAUACGCUUCCCAGGCUCAGCAGGCCAUCGGAAAAAUUAUCCCCGGAGGCAACCAAGAAUCAGAUCCGAAUGCUGCUGUCGCUGCUGCUCAGGCCGCCAAUGCUCAGCCAGGAGCUGAAUCUAUCCCUCCUCAACAAUAA